CCGGCCCGGAGCGGGACAGGGGCUGGGCAGGGGCUGCAGGCGCGGACACUGGGCAGGGCGGGGCAGGGCAGGGCAGGGCAGGGCAGAGAGGAGGGAGCCGACCGGAGCCGGAGCUAGAACCAGAGCUAUUGGAGAGCCACGAUGGGGUCCCACAGGCCUCCGAGCCGCGUGUGGAGCUCCGGCCUCCGGGGUGGGGUGGGUACGGACGGCGAGGACGACGGGCCCGUAUGGAACCCCAGCCCGGCCAGCCGCAACUACCUGCUCAGCGUGAGGCCCGAGAUCAGCUUAUCAAGCAACCGGUUGUCUCACCCCAGCUCUGGAAGGAGCACCUUCUGCUCCAUUAUUGCCCAGCUGACGGAGGAGACGCAGCCCUUGUUUGAGACCACCCUCAAGUCCAGGGCUGUGUCUGAAGACUGUGAUGCCAGGUUCACUUGUGUUGUCACAGGAUACCCGGAGCCUGAGGUGACCUGGUACAAGGAUGAUGAGGAGCUGGACCGUUACUGUGGCCUGCCAAAGUAUGAGAUUUCUCAGCAGGGAAGUCGACACACCCUGCAGCUGUACAAGUGCCAAGAAGAGGAUGCUGCCAUCUACCAGGCAUCUGCUCGAAAUGCCAAGGGCAUUGUGUCCUGCUCAGGAGUCUUGGAAGUAGGGACCAUGACUGAGUACAAGAUCCACCAGCGGUGGUUUGCAAAGCUGAAGAGGAAAGCAGAGGCAAAGAUGCGGGAGAUUGAGCAGAGUCGAAAGUAUGGGAAGGAGAUGGUUUCGGAGGCUGACACGGUGCGUAAGCUCAGUCCAGACCGAUUUCAGAGGAAGCGGCGGCUGAGUGGGGCACGGGAGCAAGGUCCUUCGGCUGCUUGCCGAGACCUCGAGGAUGGAGCGCUGGAGCCCGAGCUUGAAGGAGAGUCCAGUGAGCCACCCUGGAGCCCUGCCGUUGGGCUGGCCAAUAGCUUUCCAGGGGGUGAGGUCACCACGAAUGGGGACACCACUUUGGAGAGUGGGGAGGAGAGUGGAGAUGGCUUUCUGACUUACAUCUGUGAGGCUGUGGAGCUCAUCUCCCAGAGACCACCCACCAAGGAGUCUGUGGCCAAGAAAAAGAAGAAAGAAGAGGAGCCUAGUCACAAGGGGCUGAGGACAGGUGAGCAAAAAUCCGAAGGAGCAAAACCUUCUGAAAAUCAUAUCCCCACCCCUGCAGAAUCGGACUCCGGCCGGACUCGUGGCCACACAGAGGUGGAGAAUGCCCCAUUUGUUCAAAGAGAGGGUCCUCCAAAGACCACGAAGCUGGACAGGCCAGACAGGACCUCGGAAUCAACCUCUCCUCUGGUGCAGGAGGCGAGAAGCUCAAGCAAGGUUGGACUCAAGACUGGCAAGGGCCCACCAGCCCCUAGCUCAGAUGGUAAUGUUUAUUUCUCCUUAAAGGACAUGUACCUGGAGAACACCCAGCCUACUGCCACUGAGGAGAGACUCCAGACCCCCAACGAAAGCCCCCAAAGUGAUCUCCCCCUGGGGGCUUUACCAGGAAGAGAGAAGUUGCCUCCUGACCAACCAGUGCUCCCCUCUGCCCAACAGCCUUCCAGAGUAUUUAAUAGGAAAAGAUUUGCUCCCCCCAAACCAAAAUGUGACCCCAGCAAUGAGUCUCAACCUUGUCUGUCUGUGGGUACCCCCACAGGCAUUUUGAGCUCUUCUCCUCAGCAAGAGGCCCAGAGCUUGGGAAGUGCCCCUGAGCCAGCAGCUGCUGUGCCAACUCCCCCUGCCCGGAGGAAGCACAAGACCCAGGAGAGCCCUGCCCAGAAGCUGAUAACCCACAGGACUCCUUGUGAGGCCUCGGAGACCCAGGCGGCCAGAGCUCGUGCAGCCUCCACAGAAUGCCUCGAGGGAGGCCAGGGGAGCCCUGAGCCCAUGGAGGUGGAGACGCAGGAGGAGGAGAGGAGGAGGAGAGACAGAAGGACCCCGAUGGAUGUCAGCGCCCAGGAUGGCGGGAGGACGCAAGAAGACUCGAGGACGUGUGCUGGUUUGAGGACGCAGGCAGAUGUGAGUUCCCUGGCGGAGAGCAGGACCCAGGCAGAAGUGAAGCAACAGGUGGUGGGCAGAACCCGGAAGGAGAGCGCUGGCCUAGACAGGAGGACACAGGCGGUGGCGGUCACCCAGCCAGGGGGAGAGCAGGGCCUCCAGCCCCUGGCCCCCGCGCUCCACACCGCAGAGGCUCCUCCGAGGCCCAGCCGCUUCCCCUCCCGUCCUUCACCACUCAGGGCUGAGGAGACGCAGACUCCGGCCCUCGGGAGCAGGCAGAGCCUACCAGCCGGGCUCGGCCCAGGAGGCGCUGCGAGGACGGCGGGCAGAGAGGAAGGCCCGGAAGUGGGGGAAGCAGGCCCUGUGGAAGUAGACGGAGUUCCUCCGCCGUCCGGGGAAGACGCGGCCGGGCCCAGGGAGGAGGCAGCAUGCCCUGACCCUUCUAUGGAGGGCUCUCCCCCUGGGGUAGAGAUGACCGUAGGCUCUCCUCCGACUCCUCCCAGAAGCACCCAGGCCCCCAGCAUUCCUAGCUCAAAAAGCAAGCAGGAAGGCCAGGCCAGAGGAGGAGGGCUCGGCCCCAGAGCUUCUGGGCACAUCGAGGCGCCUCUUCCUGAGGCAGCCCCGGCCCGGGGGUGGUCUGGUCUAGAGUCACAGCUCGGAGCAGUGACCCCCAGCCAGGGACAGCAGCAUGCAGCGCCUGGGGCUGCCGUGAGCAGCCGGAACACUCCGGGUGCACACGGGGAGCUAGAGGCCGAAGUUCCGGGAGCCGGGGUGAAGGCGCCCAGCCCCCCAGCCCCCGACAGCGGCCUCAUUGAUUCGCUGAAGAAUUAUUUACUCCUGCUCCUGAAGCUGUCCAGUGCAGACACAGACAGGAGUGAAACCGAAGCCAGAGGGAGGCCAGAGGGCCAGCAGCCUCCCGCAGGGGGACCGGGGCCCCCAGACACCCUGGCACCAACUGUAGAGAUCGCUGGCUUGAGCCCCCGCACAUCUCGGAAGAUCCUGGAGCGAGUGGAGAACAACCACCUCAUUCAGAGUGCACAGAGCUUGCAGCUGAGCCCCUGCACCUCCCGCCGGCUCACUGGCCUCAUUGACCAGGAGCUACAGUCUGGCCACAAGGCCCUGGUGGCUGGGAGGCCACUGGCCAAAGGCCCCAGUCCACUGACAGUCCCUACCAUUGUGGUGGGGGAGGAGACCCAGGUGGAGAGCCCAGAGGAAAGUAGCUGGGGGGCUGCCCAGGAAACCAAGGCCAGGCCCAGGGAAAGCAGAAUAGGGGAGCCCCUUUGGGUCAGUGGGGAUCAAGGGUCCUCCAGGAUGGGGGAGCCCCUUAGGGGUAAUAAAGGAGAAGAACCCUUCAGGGAGACAGAGCUCUCAGGAGAAAAUGGGGGGAGUCUCCCAGGAGCAACCCCAGAGGAGCUGGCCUUGGGAGCUCGGAGAAAGAGAUUUCUCCCAAAAGCCAAACCAUCUGGAGAGGGGGAAGCCUCGGCUCCUGAAGAAAGGGAAAGCCCCACAGUUUCUCCCCGUGGGUCCAGGAAAAGCCUGGUACCUGGAUCUCCACUGAUUCCCCCAAAGGAGAGACACUCCCCAUCCCAGAGCAGAAAGAUGCUGGAGGUGCCCCGUCCAGACGAGGACUCUGUGGACCUCGGCUCCGCUCCCAAGGGCAGUGGGCCAGGCACGGAGUUGGCCCCUGAAGAUGGCAAACAGGACGAGCCAGCCAAGCCCAGAAAAACCAAAGACCUUUUCAAGGCCCCCCAGGUGAUUCGGAAGAUUCGGGUAGAACAGUUUCCUGAUGCCUCAGGGAGCUUGAAACUCUGGUGUCAAUUCUUCAAUAUCCUCAGUGACUCGGUAUUGACAUGGGCCAAGGACCAGCUCCCUGUGGCUGAGGUAGAGCGGAGCGUGGGCGACGAGGGGCCAGCGGCCUUAGCCAUCGUACAGGCUUCGCCUCGAGACUGUGGGGUCUAUCAGUGUACCAUCCAAAAUGAGCACGGCACCGACUCGACUAACUUUUGUCUCAGCCCUGAAGUGCUGUCAGGAUUCAUCUCCAGAGAAGAAGUUGAAGUUGGAGAAGAGAUUGAGAUGACCCCCAUGGUGUUUGCCAAGGGCCUUGCCGACUCAGGCUGCUGGGGGGACAAACUUUUUGGGCGGCUGGUGAGUGGGGAACUUCGUGGAAGUGGACGUGGACGUGGUCUUCGCAAGGCCUCUCAGGCCAAGGUCAUCUACGGACUGGAGCCCAUCUUUGAGUCAGGCCGAACUUGUGUCAUCAAGGUUCCCAACCUACUUGUGUUUGGGUCCAGCAGUGAGAACUCUCUACUGGGGAGGAAUUAUGAUGUCACCAUCCAGGGAUGUAAGAUCCAAAACAUGAGCAGAGAGUACUGCAAGAUCUUUGCGGCUGAGGCCCGAGCUGUCCCUGGUUUUGGGGAAGUUCCUGAGAUCAUCCCCCUGUACCUGAUCUACCGACCAGCAAACAACAUCCCAUAUGCCACUUUGGAGGAGUACCUGGGGAGGCCGUUGGAGCCAUACUGUGCCCGUGAUUGGGAGAGUGGUGGCUCUCAGGCAGAACCUGCCACCUCUGAGGCUGCCCAGAAAUGCCGGACCUUCCAGCACUGGUUAUAUCAGUGGACAAAUGGCAGCUUUCUGGUCACAGACCUUGCAGGUGUUGAUUGGAAAAUGACGGAUGUACAGAUAGCUACCAAGCUUAAAGGGUACCAAGGUCUCAAGGAAAGCUGCUUUCCAGGCCUCCUUGAGCAGUUUGCUGUUUCACAUCAAUGCAAUACCCACUGUGAGAUGUUGGGGCUGAAGCCACUCAAGAGCCUUGAGACUCUCUAUCCCAUGGCCAAGGCCAAGGGUUCCAAGAGUCCCUCCUCGGGCAGGAAAGCCCCUUCAUCCACUCAAUUGAGCCCCCAGCUUCAGAAGAAAGGUCAUCCCAGCCCCCAGGGAUCCCGGAAGAGCACCUCAAGCUUGAAGGCCAUCCCUAGGUCCCCUGAGACUGCUGAUACACACUUGGAUAGCCAACUUGCCACUCAGGAAAGGGGCUCCAAGGCUCAGGGCAUGCGAUAAUCAUUAUUGGAGGCUGGGGGCCUCUACCUAGAUUAAAGAUCAACCAGGAAGCAGUUUAAA